AUGCCGGGCCAACGAAACCGUGUUGAGCCCCAACCAAAAGAGGAAAAAGGAAACGCCGGCGACUUCCAGUGGGAGCGCUCCGCAAUGGCAAGACACGGCUUUAAGGCCAUCCUCGUCGGCAGUGGUGUCGCCGGCCUGGCGCUCGCCAACAUCCUCGAGCAGCUCGGCAUCGACUUUAUCGUUUUCGAGUCGCAUGGCGAGUGGGUCCCGCACGUCGGUGCCAGCAUCGCCAUGCUGCCCAACGGCAUGCACAUAUUGGACGAGCUCGGUCUCAAAGACGGGUUCGGCGAGGGCGUACCCUCAAUAGAGUCCGGCACAAUUACGCGGGACAGCAGGCCCGUGUUCACUGCGGCCGUGCUGGGGCUGAUCUUAUCCUGUCAUUUCAAAGCUCUAAUAGCGCGUCGUGGCUCGACGCAAGACUUGCAGCGUCGUAAGAACGAGCUGAAAUCCCGCACGCUGCAUGGUGGUGCGUAUUGUUGUCGCACUACGGGCAUCGAGCCCGCCUGCAAAAUUUGCACCACGCGCGUCCAACUCCAGCUUGGCCGCUCCGGCUACGUCCUCCGGCUGCCCCGGCCCGGCGCCGACGGCCGGGCCGUCUUCAUGGGCACCAACAUCAUCUACGAGGAUGGCAGCAGCGGCGACCUCCACUGGAUGAUUGUCUGGCCGGACGAGGAAGCCGCCGUCGACGGCGGCGGGCACGCCUGGCACGCGACGGCGGGGCGCGAGGAGCUGCUGGCACGCGGGGUCGCGGAGGCCAAGACGAUGGACCCGCUGCGUCGGGAAUCGUGCAAUCGCCGCUCGUGUUCCGGUCGCUAUACAUCCAGGAGCUGCCGACGGGAAGGUAACGUUACUAGGCGACGCAGCACAUCUCCGUGAGGAAGGAGGAGUUAAUGCACUCGUUAAUGCCGUCCGGGUCGGGAAGACGAUCGGCAAGAUAGCCAAUAAGGGCGCGAAUGUCAAGCAGGCACUCGGGGACAGAGAGGAAACAGAGCCGUCACCCUUUUCGAGGAGGUGACGGCCGGUCCCCAGAAUAUCGGGACCGAAGGCUAGACCUAUAUUAACCGGAAAGCCACCAAGCUUUUUGAUGCGAUCGCAAGUGGAAAGGCCUCGGGAGUGGGAGGAGCGCAACGUUGUCGAUUGGGAAUGACCCGGAGAAGGGGAAUGGGCGGUGUUGGCAUGACGCUCCGUGGAGCUUGCGUCCUUACUGUUCUCGAUGGUGGCGGGUAGCUCUUGGGUUCCUUAUAUGCGAGGAUAGCAUCGAGGGCGUAUUCGACGGUACGGUCGAAGUUCGAACCCCCCGGGCUAGCGCCGUCCGGGGGAUAUGCCCCGGCACGCCGACAUUGCAAGCAUCAUUGGCCCCGCUCGUCCAAGCAUAGGCGCACCGAUCUAGCAUCCGCCAUCUUUUCGGUACGAUUAGGCCCCAAUAAACGCCGGUGUCGGCGGGAUCGCAUUCCCAUCGGCAUCCCGUCUAUUACCCAUAUCGGACACCGAUCUUUCGAGCUCUCUCGCAAGAUCGGCUGAACGGGAAAAAUAGCUAUCCGACCGGCAGCGCGCUUCCGGGGCCUACUCCAGCCACUCGGAAACGAAUGGGUGGUGUUCGCGAUGGAGAUAUCCGACAAAGUCUCGGAGGAACGAGGUGGAUUAACCAGGAGCCUAGGCUCCGGGUGCUGUCGAUUCGCCUGUAUAUAUUGCUCCAUUAGCCAUAAACUCCCUACGCGAAAAAAUUACUAGCCAUACCUUAUGCGCCG